AUGGGAAACAACGGUUCCCACAAGAGGACCAAAGCACCCAGGCAGGCCCACAAGGAGAAGUCCUGGCAGAAACAGUUCUUCAGCCACCUCAAGCAGAAGAAGCCAAGUCACCCGGUGGGUGAGCGUCCCCAGGAGGCGGGCAGGACCGAGAUCUCGUUGCUUUCCCGCCUGGACAAGCGGCAGCAGCUGGACGAGGCGGCGGCGGGCCCCGGCGCGCGGUCCGGGCGGCCGGGUGAGGACGCUUCGGGCAACAGGGUGGGCUCCCCGGCGGCGGCGCCCAUGCUGCGAGGAGCGGGCGACGGCGGCGAGCGGCGCGCGCGAGAGAUGAAGAUGCUGGUCCUGCUGCUGCUGCUGGACGCGCGGCUGCAGGAGGAGGGCUGCCACGCGGCGGCCGGGGCCGGGACCGAGGUCGCGCAGGGCCGGCAGCGGCUGGACGCGCGCCUGCUGACCGGAGGCGAGGGCGGCCCCGCGGAGCCGCAGCCGCGCAGGCGGCGCCCCCGCCCCCGCCCGCGGCCCUGA